CCUCUUCCCCCCUUCCGCGCACACGCGCACGCACACGCCCCGUCCCAGGGCUCACUUCCCCGGGGCGCCGGGGCCCGCGGCCGCCACCAUGACCGACACCCGGCGGCGGGUGAAGGUCUACACGCUCAAUGAGGACCGCCAGUGGGACGAUCGGGGCACCGGGCAUGUGUCGUCCGGUUACGUGGAACGGCUGAAGGGCAUGUCCCUGCUCGUCAGGGCCGAGAGCGACGGUUCUCUACUUUUGGAGUCCAAAAUAAAUCCUAACACUGCAUACCAGAAACAACAGGACACUCUGAUUGUGUGGUCUGAAGCAGAAAAUUAUGACUUGGCCCUUAGCUUUCAAGAAAAGGCUGGAUGUGAUGAAAUUUGGGAGAAAAUAUGUCAGGUUCAAGGAAAGGAUCCUUCAGUGGAUAUCACUCAGGACCUUGUGGAUGAAUCUGAGGAAGAGCGAUUUGAUGAUAUGUCAUCACCAGGUUUAGAAUUGCCAUCUUGUGAAUUAAGUCGCCUCGAGGAAAUUGCAGAACUUGUGGCCUCAUCUUUACCUUCCCCCCUCCGUCGUGAGAAGCUUGCACUAGCACUGGAAAAUGAGGGUUAUAUUAAGAAGCUUUUAGAGCUUUUUCAUGUGUGUGAGGAUUUGGAAAAUAUUGAAGGACUGCACCACUUAUAUGAAAUUAUCAAAGGAAUCUUCCUCUUGAACCGAACUGCUCUUUUUGAGGUUAUGUUCUCUGAGGAAUGUAUAAUGGACGUCAUUGGAUGCUUAGAAUAUGAUCCAGCUUUAUCACAACCACGAAAACACAGGGAAUUUCUAACAAAAACAGCCAAAUUUAAAGAAGUGAUUCCCAUAUCCGAUCCUGAAUUGAAACAGAAAAUCCAUCAAACAUACAGAGUUCAGUAUAUACAAGAUAUGGUUCUCCCCACUCCUUCAGUCUUUGAAGAAAACAUGUUAUCAACACUUCAUUCUUUUAUCUUUUUCAACAAGGUUGAAAUUGUUGGUAUGUUGCAGGAAGAUGAAAAAUUUCUGACAGAUUUGUUUGCACAACUAACAGAUGAAGCAACAGAUGAGGAGAAGAGACAGGAAUUGGUUAACUUUUUAAAAGAAUUUUGUGCAUUUUCACAAACGCUACAACCCCAAAACAGAGAUGCAUUUUUCAAGACUUUGUCAAAUAUGGGCAUUUUACCAGCUUUAGAAGUCAUCCUUGGCAUGGAUGAUACACAGGUGCGAAGUGCUGCUACUGAUAUAUUCUCAUACUUGGUUGAAUAUAAUCCAUCCAUGGUACGAGAGUUUGUCAUGCAGGAGGCACAACAGAAUGAUGAUGUAAGUAAGAAGUUAACAGAGCAAAAAAUAACCAGCAAGGACAUUUUACUCAUCAACCUUAUUAUAGAACAUAUGAUUUGUGAUACAGAUCCUGAGCUUGGAGGAGCAGUCCAACUUAUGGGCCUGCUUCGAACAUUAGUUGACCCCGAGAACAUGCUAGCCACUGCCAAUAAAACAGAAAAGACUGAAUUCCUGGGAUUCUUCUACAAGCACUGUAUGCAUGUUCUUACCGCUCCCUUACUAGCAAAUACGACUGAAGACAAGCCUAGUAAAGAUGACUUUCAGACUGCGCAGUUACUGGCACUUGUAUUAGAAUUGUUAACGUUUUGUGUGGAGCACCAUACCUACCACAUAAAGAACUACAUUAUCAACAAGGACAUCCUGCGCAGAGUGCUAGUUCUUAUGGCCUCAAAGCAUGCUUUCUUGGCAUUGUGUGCCCUUCGUUUUAAGAGAAAAAUUAUUGGAUUAAAAGAUGAGUUUUACAACCGCUACAUAAUGAAAAGUUUUUUGUUUGAGCCUGUAGUCAAAGCAUUUCUGAACAAUGGAUCCCGCUACAAUCUGAUGAACUCUGCCAUAAUAGAAAUGUUUGAAUUUAUUAGAGUGGAAGACAUAAAAUCAUUAACUGCUCAUGUAAUUGAAAAUUAUUGGAAAGCCCUAGAAGAUGUAGAUUAUGUACAAACUUUUAAAGGUUUGAAAUUGAGAUUUGAGCAACAAAGAGAAAGGCAAGACAACCCCAAACUCGACAGCAUGCGUUCCAUCCUAAGAAAUCACAGAUAUCGACGAGAUGCCCGAACUCUAGAAGAUGAAGAAGAGAUGUGGUUUAACACAGAUGAAGAUGACAUGGAAGAUGGAGAAGCUGUGGUAUCUCCAUCUGACAAAACUAAAAAUGAUGAUGAUAUUAUGGAUCCAAUAAGUAAAUUCAUGGAAAGGAAGAAAUUGAAAGAGAGUGAGGAGAAGGAGGUGCUUCUGAAAACAAAUCUUUCUGGACGGCAGAGCCCAAGUUUCAAGCUUUCUCUGUCCAGUGGGACAAAGACUAACCUCACCAGCCAGCCACCGGCAACAAACCUGCCUGGUUCCCCUGGGUCACCUGGCUCCCCAGGAUCACCAGGCUCUCCUGGAUCCGUUCCUAAGAGUACAUCUCAGACGGCAGCUAUUACCACAAAGGGAGGCCUCGUGGGUCUCGUUGAUUAUCCUGAUGAUGAUGAAGAUGAUGAUGAAGAUGAAGACAAGGAAGACACGCUACCACUGUCAAAGAAAGCAAAAUUUGAGUCAUCAUAAUGGCAACUGCAUAUGAUCAUCAGUACCUGUUGACAAAACUGGUUCUCUACCCCUCCCCCCUACAAAAUCCACCACAAAGCGCAGUGGUCUCUUGUGAAUGACUGACACAGAUCAGCAACACUGGACUUCUGCUCAUCAAGUGCCAAUUUAAUGGAGCAGGAGGAGGGGUACCGUGCAUUUAGGGGAAGACUUAGCCUUUGAGCUCUCCAGCUUGGACCACACAUUGCCCUUUUCUCAGGGAAGGAAAUGGAAAUAAAAAGCCAACAGGGCAGGGGUUUUGUCAGUGGAACUCUGGAUUGACUGGUCAGUUGCUACAAUCAGACAUGCUUUCUUGGACCAUGUUUGAGACUCAGAAGAAUGGGCCUUUCUGCCAUAGUUCUUCACUAGUAAGAAUGCCAGCAGUUUCUUUGUAUAAAGAGACCUGCCUUUAAAACCAUACAUUCUGGACAUUUUAGUCAAGCUGCAACAGGUUUGGAAAACCUCUGUGGGGGAGGGGCAAAAAUAAAGUAUCCUCUUUUUUAUCUGUUCCCUUUGCCCUUCAAACUGCAGAUUUUUUUUUAAGUGGGGAUUUAUUCCUACUUGAUUAAAGAUGAGUGGAAUUCUAGAUGUGGUCAUUUGUGUCAUAAUUUUUUGUUUCAUCUUGUUUUUUUGAUUUUUUCCCCUCCCUUGAGUGUAUGCUUAGUUGUUGAGUAUAUAUAUUUGGGACCAUUAAAACAUUUUUUGAUGUAAUAUAACCUAACGUGCUGGUACCUGUUUCACCAUGUGUAAUUUUUUGUUUUACAUCACAGUUCUUAAUUUGUUUAGAGUUUUAUGAAAGAUGGUAUAGUUUUUAUUGACAAAAGCAAAGGAAUCUUACAACUAUGUGCAUACAAAAGCAAUACUAUUUUGUGACAAAAUAUUUUAUAUUAAAAUUUACAUCAGCAA